AUGGGAGAAAGCUGGUAUCAUGCGCUGACGCCCGAGUUUUCCAAGUCAUACUUUCAGGAACUCAAGCAGUUCCUCAUAUCGGAACAGAAGCAGGGCGUCAUAUAUCCUCCGCCUAAAGACAUCUACGCAUGGUCACGGAUCACCUCUCUUGACUCCGUCAAAGUGGUUGUUAUCGGGCAAGAUCCCUAUCAUGACGUGGGACAAGCUCAUGGACUAGCAUUCUCCGUCCUGCCACCGACCAGAGUUCCUCCGUCCCUCCGAAACAUCUACAAGCAAAUCAAAGCAGACGUCCCAUCCUUCAUCAUACCAACCACAGGCGACCUGACGCCCCUGGCCAAGCAAGGCGUCCUCUGUCUCAAUACCUGCCUCACUGUGCGUGCGCACAAGGCCAACUCGCACGCCGGCAAAGGCUGGGAGACGUUCACGUCGGAGGUUCUUCGCGCGGUCACGUCCCGCAAGAGCGAGCGGGGUGUGGUGUUUUUUGCGUGGGGCAUACCUGCCCAGAAGACGUGCGAGAAGAUUGGGAUAGACGAGCACCUUGUUCUGAGAUCCCCGCAUCCUUCGCCGUUAUCUGCACACCGUGGAUUCCUAGGCAACGGGCACUUCAAGGCCGCCAAUGCCUGGCUGCGCGAGCGCUACGGGGACGGAGAAGAGAUAGACUGGACCGUCCUGAGCAGUGCCUCACCGUAA